AUGAAUGUGAGAACAGAGGAGACAUUGAGUGUUUUGGUCGUUUUGUUGAUUGAUUUGUGUGUGUAUCUGCAGGAACUGCAUAAACAGUUGGAGGAGGUGACUAAGGACACGGAGAUCGUGGAAAUCAGACAGAGGGAGGCCGAGUGUGAGUUGGAGGCAUCCAGAGACCGAGUGCAGCAGCAGGCCACAGAGAUCCUGCUCAAAGCCAGUCAGAUCGGGAGCCUGCAGGCCACCCAGAUGACUCAUGAGGCGGUCAUUCGGGAUCUGGAAUCAGAAAAGUCUCGUCUGAAGGACAAGGUGUUGCGUCUGGAGGAGGAACGAGGGGCGUUGCAGAAGAAAAGUCAGACGCUGGACGAGAGGCAGAGGCAGCAGAUCCUCUCCUUAGAGAAGUCACUUCGAGAGGAAAAGCAGAUCUAUGAGAAGGAGCUCAUGAACUUGCGUGCCAAAUAUGAGGAGGAAACUGCUCACUUUAAGGAUGCCCACAGCCGGGCGCUGGACGAGAUCUCGAGGAAGCACCGGGCCGCUCUAGAAAACACCCAGAGCGUCUCUGAGAAAGAGAGGAACCGACUCCUGUCUGAAAUGGAGGAACAGUUUGAGAAGGAACGUAGCUCUCUAGAGGAACAGAAGAGUCUUUUACGAGAGGAACUGGACAGUCUGCGAGAGGAGCUCGCAGCCAAACUCAACAUGGCCAACAGUGAGGUGAGUCGACUCCAGGAGCUGGUGAAGCAGGGAGAGCAGGGACUCAGUUCUGCUGAGGGACACAUCUCCAAUCUGAAAGAUGCCCAGAAGAAGCUUCUAGAAGAGCUGGACGCCACGCGAGCAAGACUCCGAGAGACUAGCAACCUCCUAACAGCCCUUCAGGGAGAGAUGGAGUCUCAGAAACAACAGCACGAUGCCAAACUCAUCGCUACCAAAGAGGAUGAGAAGCUCAAGAUGGAUAAGAUGGCCCUGGAGCUCGAGCUGAAGUGGACCGAGACACUCCGGCAGGAGUGUAAGAAACUGCGUGAGGAGCUGCGUGAAGAGCAUGAGGAGAAUAAAAGGUCAGCGCUCACUCAGCUGGCACAGAAUAAAGAUCAGGAGAUGUGCUCCGCCAGAGAGAGCUGGCAGAGGAAGGUGGAGGACCUUCUAGAACAGAUUUCCUUGCUGAAACAGAGCCUGGAGAUGCAGCUUUCCCAGUCCCAGCAUUCCCUGCAGCAGCUGCAGGCACAGUUCAGUCAGGAGCGAGAGCACCUGGGACAGCAGCUGCAGGAAAUGGAGCUGGAGCAUCAGCGCAGGGAGCAGCGGCUGCAGGAAGCGCACUGCUGCGCUAUGCAGGACAUGCAGGAAGCCCGCCAGCACGACCUCAAGGAGCUUGAGGAGCGUCUACGGCAGCAGCACCACAUGGAGCUUCAGACUCUGCGAGAGGCUCACAGGCAGAACAUCGAGACUCUGAAACAGCAGUCAGAACAAGAGCUGCAGACCCUCCGCUUCGAACUGGAGGAUGAGGGCAAGGCCAUGCUGGCAUCCCUGCGUUCAGAGCUGAACCAUCUUCACGCAUCAGCCAUUGAACAUAUGCGUCAAACCCAUCAACAGGAAACAGCAGCUGCCAAACAGGAACUGGAGAACGCUCUGGAAAAGAGCAGAGUAAAGGAAUGUGAGCUUCUGAGCCGCAUCUCAGAUCUGCAGGAGGAGGUCAGUCGCAGGAAGAAGCACAUUGCCGAUCUGGACCACGAGAUCCACACUCUGAACGAGAACAUCAGCACUUUGACCAAGGAGCUGGAACUCAAAGGCAAAGAGGUUUUGAAGAUCCGUAGCGAGGCCAAUCAGCAGAUCAGAGCUCAUGAGCAGGACCUGUGUAAGAAGCACGAGCGUGAGAUGGCCGAGCUGAACGCUCUCCACCACAGAGAAACACAAAACAUGCUGUCAGACUUCAACAAGGCCCAGGAACUGCUGAAGGACAAGAUCUCUGCCCUGCAGAUCCUGUUGGAGGGAACAGAAGACAAAUUCCGGAACAGAGAGAGCAGGCCUGAAGAUCUGCAGACAAUAGCUGAACUGAAGGAUAUGGUGGCCGAGAGAGAAUCUUUGGUCAAGAAACUGGUGGAUGACAAAAAGUUUUACCAGCUGGAGCUUGUCAACAGAGAGACCAACUUCAACAAAAUAUUCAACGCAAAUCCUAAUGUUGGUGUCAUUAACCCUCUUGUCAAGCAAAAGCGAAAGAACGACAAAUCAGCUACCCGACUCAGCAGCUCGGCCAAUCUUAGGGCCAAUGUGGAAGCUUCUGGGACAGGGAGCGGCCAGCCCCAGCCCAACCGCCUCGAGCCCAUCCCCAACUCCCCCAUUCACCAGCUGGAGCCUAAAACAAGCAAACCCCUGCCCCCACCAACCCCUCUCACCGAAGCCAAGAAACUGACGAGCCCUCCUGAAGGAGAAGAAUCACCCGUCACCUCUCCAGACCCCCAGAGACAAGAGUGGUUCGCGCAGUACUUCUCCUUCUGACUUUGCAAUUAAAGAGCAUGUUGACCAAAAAAAAAAAAAAGAAACAAAAAGUGAUAUAUUAUUUGACGACACAUCCUUUCAUUUGGUCUUUUUUUCUCCCCACUGUGAAUGGGUUUGUUGUUUUUACAGUGAUGAUAGGUAUGUUUGACAUUUCAUUUACUGCAGUUUCUAUAGACUGGUGCAUACGCUGCUAAUUACUAUUUGUUAAAAGAGAAAAAAACAACAGUAUUGUCUCCUCUGUAUCUAAUUUUAGAAUGCCACCGUAAUGACUUUGUUACAGCUGCAUUAUCAAUUUUGGUAGGAUUAAACUGUUUGUAUGGAUGUCUCAACACAGAUAUAAUGAUGUCUCACUAAUUUUAAAAUAAAUGCAUAUUUUAUAUUUAUAUUACUGGUGUAUGCGUAAGAAUAAAUAAUUAUUGUGACAUUUAAUGAAGUGUGUCUGUUAUGUGAGUCAACUUUUACCAUUUAAAGAAAUGAAAGCAAAAGAACAUUUGAUUUAAAAUGCCUGUAUUUUCAUAUACAUCAACACAUAUUGCUCUGA